AUCUUACCGUUCGAGGGCAAGGAUUAUUGGUUGAUGCCCAAGGUGCACCCCGCCAUUCUCAUGGCCUGGGAAAAGGUUCUCAAACAGUACACUUGUCUGAGAGGGUACUCCGUGGUUUUCAAUACAGCCAACUCGAAGUGUUCGGAAAUUUUUGGGCCUCUGGCCGCCAUUGACAUGUACAUACAUCAAUCGGCCCAUGUCUUCUUCGGCCCUGCGUGUGAGUAUAGCGUGGCUCCAGUGGCGAGGUUCUCAUACUACUGGGGGAUCCCUGUCCUGUCGGCUGGAGCUCUGGUUACGGCCUUCGGUGAUAAAAAAGAGUACCGUCUGUUGACCCGGGUCCAGGUAAGUUCAAACAAACAUCAAAUGUCCCCAUCCUAA